CCACGCCCCCUGGGGGAAGCGCGCGCCGCCGCAGUAGCGAGAACCUAGCCCGCGGGGAAGGAGGAGGCAGUAGUGAGAGGUUCUGAAGCCUGCUAGAGAGGAGCGGACAGCUGGUUGGCGCUGGGACCACGCCGCGGCAGCAGGUCCCUCCACGUGCUCUCGGCGGCGCCAUGGAACUGGAGGAGUUGGGGAUCCGUGAGGAAUGUGGCGUGUUCGGAUGCAUCGCUUCUGGAGAGUGGCCCACGCAGCUGGAUGUGCCGCAUGUGAUCACUCUGGGACUCGUGGGGCUGCAGCACCGGGGUCAGGAGAGCGCUGGUAUUGUAACCAGUGAUGGGAGUUCAGUGCCUACAUUCAGGGUGCAUAAGGGAAUGGGUCUUGUAAAUCAUGUUUUUACUGAAGACAAUUUGAAGAAAUUAUACGUCUCAAAUCUUGGAAUCGGUCACACGCGCUACGCCACGACGGGAAAGUGCGAGCUGGAAAAUUGUCAGCCGUUUGUUGUGGAAACUCUUCACGGGAAAAUAGCCGUGGCACAUAACGGGGAACUGGUAAAUGCAGCUCGCUUAAGGAAAAAGCUUCUGCGCCAUGGUAUUGGGCUUUCCACCUCCUCUGAUAGUGAAAUGAUUACUCAGUUACUGGCGUAUACCCCGCCUCAGGAACGAGACGAUACCCCAGACUGGGUAGCAAGAAUCAAGAACUUAAUGAAGGAAGCGCCCACGGCGUACUCUCUGCUUAUAAUGCACAGGGAUGUCAUUUAUGCAGUGAGGGAUCCGUACGGAAAUCGCCCUCUGUGCAUUGGUCGUCUUAUUCCAGUUUCUGAUAUAAAUGACAAAGAGAAAAAGUCUUCAGAAACUGAAGGAUGGGUGGUGUCUUCAGAAUCUUGCAGCUUUUUAUCUAUUGGUGCAAGAUAUUGCCAUGAGGUCAAGCCUGGAGAAAUUGUAGAAAUAUCCAGACAUGGUAUCAGAACUCUUGACAUAAUUCCAAGGUCUGAAGGAGACCCAGUGGCUUUUUGUAUCUUUGAAUAUGUUUAUUUUGCAAGACCAGAUAGUAUAUUUGAAGACCAAAUGGUCUAUACAGUAAGAUACCGCUGUGGCCAGCAGCUGGCGAUCGAAGCGCCCGUGGAGGCGGACUUGGUGAGCACGGUUCCAGAAUCGGCCACGCCUGCUGCUCUUGGCUACGCGGCAAAGUGUGGACUGCCAUAUGUGGAGGUGCUGUGUAAAAACCGCUAUGUGGGAAGAACCUUCAUUCAGCCAAACAUGAGGUUAAGACAACUUGGUGUUGCAAAAAAAUUUGGCGUGUUGUCCGACAACUUUAUAGGCAAAAGAAUUGUUCUCAUCGACGAUUCAAUUGUGAGAGGCAAUACUAUCUCACCCAUCAUAAAGCUCCUCAAAGAAUCCGGGGCAAAAGAGGUGCACAUUCGCGUCGCUUCACCGCCAAUCAAAUACCCUUGCUUCAUGGGAAUCAACAUACCCACGAAAGAGGAGCUGAUAGCCAACAAGCCAGAAUUUGACCGUCUUGCAGAAUACCUCGGAGCCAACAGUGUUAUAUACCUGUCAGUGGAAGGACUGGUUUCAUCUGUGCAACAAGAGAUAAAAUGCAAGAAGCAGAAAGUGAAAAAACGUGACAUUACAAUUCAAACCAAUGGAAAUGGUCUGGAAUGUUUUGAGAAGACGGGACACUGUACGGCUUGCCUCACUGGGCAGUACCCUGUGGACCUGGAAUGGUAGCUGCCUGGAUUGAGUUCCUGGAGACUGAACGUGAUGGAGAAGUGGUUUACAAACUAUCUGUUACUCACUUGUUACAAUAUAAGUAGAUGCCACAUGCUUAUAAACCUUCAUAGGCUUUGAGGAUUUCUGAGGUUACUAAAUUGCUAUAAUUAAACCAUGAUGAUUACAUGUAACCCAACAUGUAGGGAUUCUUUUUAUACAAGAAUUGACUUUUCACCUAGGAGAAGACAGGAGGCUACUGGUAUUUCCCAGGCCCGUGCUUGAAGGGUUUGCAAGAGGUUAGAUUAAGGAUCUGUAAUGCACACAGGACAUGGGCCUUUAUAAUGUUUCAUGGAAAAUUUCAAUUCACUGUGCUCCAUAGGGAUCUAAUCUGUACAGUCAAACCUGUAGUUAUGGCCUAGCUCUUAGAUUCCCGUCCAUCUCCACCCCCAACACACACACAUUUGUUGUUCUGGGGACCAAUAGAAAACUUCAAAAAAAAAUUAAAAAAAAAAAAAAAAAGCUACUUGGGAAGCCAAGACAUGGAUUCUUGAGUUCAAGGCCAGCCUGGGCUUUCUGCCUCAAGAUAAGCAGUGUCUUCCUAGUCGGGCGGUGGUGGUGCAUGCCUUUGAUCCCAGCACACACGAGGCAGAGCCAGGCGGAUCUCUGAUCUCUGUGAGUUCGAGGCCAGCCUGGUCUACAGAGCGAGAUCCAGGACAGGCACCAAAACUACACAGAGAAACCCUGUCUUGAAAAGCCAAAAGAAAAAAAAAAAAGGUACCUUUCUGUGCCUCGCAACUCCAUUUAUUUAAUAAGUCAUUCAUGUAUCUAGUACACAGUAGGAAUGCGAAUACAUGUUUAGAACUAUCAUUUUACCCCUACAUUUUAACAGCGCAUGGUCAUUAGCUUUUGCUAAGUUUGCAGUUUCAUUAUGAUGGAGGGAAAUGUACAGGUUUGCAGACCGUUGCCACCUCUCUUUGGAAUGCACCAGAAUGACUGAAAAAUAUAUUCAUCUGAAGCCUUUUUUGUUCCUACACUUGACUAGAAGAUGUGAUCAAUGAUAUUUAGUGUCUAACAAUACAAGCCUAGCAAAUUACUUAGUACGUUGGAAAGAAAACAAAAAUUUAAUUCCAAGUAAGCCUUUAUCCUUCAUUUGAUUAGACUUGGCUGUUUGAAUUAGGUGUUUGAUCUUUGCAGCCAUGCAUACCCAUACAUAUAUACAGAUGAUUGAAAUUGAGCAAAUGGAAACCUAGUGCCGGCCGAUUUUGUUCAAUGGCUAAGGAGACAGCUACUGUUUUGGGAAUUCGAUUGCCUGUACCCAGGUGUCAGCUCAUAGUCAUGUCUUUUCUACUUUGUUUCGUUAGGUCUAGUGAGUGAGUGUUUUGAAGUUUUUUUUCAGGAUGCAGACUUAAAGGAUCGAGGUGAUGUGCUUACUAACUCCUGUUUGUGUAAGAUUGUUCACAUGCAGAAAUAAUUAUUUCUAUAUUAUUGCCAAAAUUUGCUGUAUAGUUUCCAAACCCUUUUAGAGGUAUAGUAUUUAUUAAUAACUGAAAUUGUUAGUCUGCAUUUGGGAUAUAGUCUCGUGUUACGUAAUGGCAGGUCAAGUUAAGAUGGUAGUUCUUUAAGGUCAUGUGCUCCAGUGGCUGAAGUGGUCCUGUGACAGAGGCAGGCAGAUUGGCAUGUUACAGCCCUGGGGUCAUUUCAGUGGGUGUAGCCUCUUAUGGUGAACGCAUUACCCAUGGCAGGAUGGACGGUAAGCCUUUAGGUCAGUUUUAAAAUGGCCUUAUUUAAAUUUGAUAUUUUAAAAAGAAACUCAGGGAAGGUACUAAAACCAAAUCUCUAAUUUGACUUUUGUGUUUUCCAUAGUUUUUAUUUUGUUUUAUUGGGAUACUUUUAUAAAGGGAAAACAAUGUCCUGGUCCUUCGAUAAUUGUACAACUUUUCGUAAUUAUUUCUUCAUCAUGACUUUUUAUUUCACAAGUUUCUGAAUAUGAAUUAAAUUAACAUUUUUUACUAGUUUCAAGCCUUCAUUUAUCUGCUUAAAAUGUAUAUAGCCAGAGUACUAUAUGCUGAAAAAAUAUGAAAAAUGUGUUUGAACACAGUUAACGUCACAAACUGUAAUGUAAGCCUACUUUUUUGUUACCUUUUUGUGAUUUUUUUGUGUGACAAAUAUAUGUAAUAAAUAUG